AGGAAACUCUUAGCAGCAUCCUUCACAUUAAAUAUGUCCAGAGAAACACUGGGAUCUGCUGUUAAGGACUUCAAACCAAGUAAUGAGAUGCCCCAGAAGUUCACUGUAUGGAUAUAUGAUUUUAGCAAAAUGAGGACAACACUGACAAUGAUGAUCCUCUUUAAGAUAGAAGAUACAUUACUGUUCAAUUCUGGGUAACGGAACACCAUGGGAAGUGUGUUCCUUUCACCAAACCAAGCCAACUCUAUUCUGCAAAGGUUUCCUCGGGCAAACAGUUUUCUUGAAGAAAUAAAGCAAGGCAACCUUGAACAAGAAUGUCGUGAGGAAAUCUGCAGCUAUGAGGAAGCCAGAGAGGCUUUCGAAAAUGAUGAGAAAACGAAAGAAUUUUGGGAUGAAUACAUCAAGAAUCCAAAUAGUGGGAAUGGCCCAGAUUCACAUGGGAAUCGUUUUCAGUCUGUCUACCUGAUUGUACCCUUGUUGGCUGGUUUGCUUGUGAUCCUGAUAAUGCUGGUAGCAAUUUGGAGGUGUCACUCACGGAAGCUUUUUCAAAGAGGAUCAACAUUUAGCCAGCGACGGCAGCAAGCAAACCAAAUGGAUCGAAAUCUGUCUUUGGUGGCCAUUGACCAAGUUAACAUUCCUUAUCACCCCGACUCAUCCCCUCAGUCAGAGAUCAGUGCCAACAGUGGCAUGACCUUGGCUUACAUGGGUGUUGACCUUGGUCCCACUAGACUUUCUGCUGGUGAUCCACCUCCUUCAUAUGAAGAAGCCACUGGGCAGACUGAUGUUCAAGUAGAAGUUACACAUGCCCAUACAGACCCUCCACCUCAAUAUGAAGAAAUAAUGUCCACAAGUAUGAGUUCCAAUGUCAUUAUAAGCAAUGUUAAGUAACACCUGACUGUGAACCUCUUUUCAAGAAGCCAUUUUUGCAUACCUCGGCACUAAUCCCAUUUUCCUGAAAUAUUGGAACCUUUAUGCAAUAUCAUCCUUACACAGGUCAGGUCUGUUACUGUGCUAAGUGGAGUGCUGUGACCUUUCAGCAGGGCUAAAUGGUUGCUUCAGAUAACCUAAUCUCAUUCCGUUGGCUCUAUACAUGUGUAAUUUUAGAUGCCAAUGAGAUUUGCAACAUAGUAAGAGAGAUCACUGCUGGAAUGUGGUCUUUUGCUGGGCAACCUAAGAAUAGAAGGGUGUUCAGUUUUUUGUUUUAAAUCUACUUUGUUACUUUUGCGGAGAAGAAACAGAAUUAAUUUUACUUGGUAGCAGGAAGCAAUUUUAGAUAACUAUCUGUGGAAAUCAGAUUUCAGUUUUUCUUAAGUAUAUAAUGUCAUAUUAAAAGAAUAACUCCAUAGAUUAUGGUAAAGAUUUCAUGUUUUUAAUUUGUGACAUGCAUGUAAGAAAAUAUAAACUAAUUGUGAUUAGUUUUGAUUUAAAAGUGUUGAAUCUUUUAGUCUAGAUUUAUUUCAAAUAUUUAAGUAUUGUAUCCACUUUUUUAUUUUGCUUUUAUUAUCACAUAUAAGGUCAUACAUUUCUUUAUGAUAUUAAGAAUAUAACCUCAGAUGUUUGUGUUGGAUUUUACAUUGAAAUUAAGUGACAAGCUAAUAUCUGAAGAGUCUACAAGCAUAACAAAUGUGCUUUUGAUUGAGCAUACUGCCUUGCCUCAAGUGCAAGUUACAAAGAUAAAUGUGGGUCUGGUAGGUGAUGGUAGUCAUUAGUAAAUUUAUAAAGCAAUAGUCAUUUUAAUUUUUGACCAUUGAUUAAGUUCUUCAUCUGGUCUAAUUACACUCUAAUUAAUACCAUGUAUAUAAAAUUAUUAGAAGAAAGGAAAGAACUAAUCAAUUCAAGUUAAGUCACUCAUAUAAUGCCAGGUUUUGAGAAGUUUGCCCAGGGUUUCCUAAUUCUUGUCCGGACUGCUUAUAUGAGUGUUUUUUUUUAGUUUAAACUCAAAAUUUCAGUCAUUUUAAGCAGCCCCCUUGAGUUUCAGUCAUAAAGUAAUUUUAAAUUAUCUUGUUUGAAAUAAUGAACAAAACUGCACUCAAGAAAUAAAGGUAAGCACCAACUGUUACCUCGACAUAAUCUGUGCACUCUAGCCAAGAUCCACAUUUGUCCAUGUCUAGUUAUUAGUUUAUUAUUUAUUAAUAAUAAUACUAGUAGUAUUUUCACAUGUAUAGAGUACAGCAAAAUUUUUACCUGCGUGUCCAGCCUAUAUGUAUUACUGUAUAUCACUGUUGCGUCAAAGCAGAUAGACAUAAGAGACUUCCAAGAGCUUGCUUUCUUUUUUCAAAGACCAUAGACGACAGGUUUAUUAAUAGAAACUUUACAGGAUCUACUAUUUUUAUUUCUACUCAGCUAUUUAACUAGCACUGAAUUUAUACUUUUAUAUUAAAUGUUUGCUUUUCUGCUAUUGGGGGGUUUUUUUUGGCUAGAAGGGCCCACAUAUCAAAUUAUAACGAAGAUUAAACAACUGUUCAGUGGACACAACAGUGAGUUUUUCGUUGUUCUUCAAUAUAUCAUCAUCAUCAUGAUCAUCACUGGUUUAAUUGUGAUUUUCUUGGUUCACCUAGAUUAGUCUGCAGCCACCCAAAUCUUUCUCGUACAUUAUCAGCGGUCCUAGGCAUUCUUAGGGGUUUGACACUUUCUUUAAAUAUCAUAUAACAUCUUUUUUUUUUUUUGGCUUCAUCACCAAUAAUCCUCUGCUCUUUACAUGCUCCUUAUAAAUGUCUAAUGAUAUGUGGAGCAAAAGUGCCUGCUUUUACAGACACGAUUAUUUGUAUUUAGAAAUUUUCCGUAGCAUGAACACUGUAAAAAAAAGAAUAAAAAGCGAAACUUUAAAGUUACAAAAAAAUGUACACCACUGAAAUGAAAAAGUGCCGAAAGGAAUUACUCGCAAAUCUGAUUGAGAAGCUCUGACAUGACCCAGUGCAGGCAAGAUGACAGUUAAAGAGAUGUCGACAUGAAAGUCUAGGAAAAGCGUUUCCUCUAAGUGUUGUAUGAGCUACACACUUAAAGAGAACAAUGUAAACGGCAUUGAUGUCCAAAUAUAGGUACAUUUUACAUGUAUGUAUUUUAUCAUUGGCUUAUUUUCAUUUACUGAAUAUAAUGCUGCUCAUAUUAAAUUGCUUAAUGCUUUAAAACAUAUAACGGUUAGGUAUGAAAAAUAACCUACUUGGAAUGGAACUGAUGAGGGAAGAAAAAACAACCCAGUCUUACAACCCAGUCUUUAAAAAGUACCUACAGGGUUAAUGCUACAGAGCUAUAGACAACGAUUUGUGCUGUUCUGAGGUUUCUUUGAUUGAACAACUUUGCUGGGCAAUAACUUCUGAAAUAGUUUCUCAAUGUUCAAAUUUUUAGAGAAUGAAGGGGUCCUAAAUGAGUGAAAACUAAAAAUUUACAGUUAAAGCAUAAUAACUGAAUGUCUCAAACCCUCAGUUUUUUUUCUUUAAAUAGUAAGUUAAAUCUGUGGCCUCUUAUUUAAAUAAAGUGACAGGGUGGUGCAGUGACUAGCUCUGCCCUCUCACAGCUCUGGACCUGGUUUUGAGCCAUGGCCAGGUACUGACCCUAUUUGGGAUUUUGUUUCCAGAGUCAGUCUAUAUUUAAGAAUGCACUAUGGUGAACUGCCUGGCAUACUACCCAGAAAUGGAGUCUGUCUUGCUGUAAUUGCUGCAAAGAUAGGCUUUGGGUGUAGACUUUUAAACCUUUUUUUUUU